GUGGUAUGUAAUAGUGGUAUAUAGAUGUUAGUUGGUGGUGCAUUUUUUGAUAUUUAUUUUUGUACCUCAAAAUGUAAAAUGAUCUACCAGACAUUACCACACAGUAGGUGGCAGCAGGUACAAACUAACGAGUGAAUCACAUGAUACCAAAGAAGAAGAGUCUUGUUAACCACAUCUGGGAACAACCAAUAGACAGAGAUGAAGUUUGACCAUCUGUUUGCAGAAAAAUAAUGUAUAUAUUUGUUUAAAAAUAUAUCGUUUUCAUCACCCUUUACUGAAGAAACAACAAGAAAACAACCACCGGUUAGCAGCGCUUAUAGCUGAGAAGCGUUUGGAUAAGACAGAAUAACUUGUUAAUGCCUCGGGUUCUCGAUAGCAACAUCAAAAUGAAAACUGUGAAGAUGUAUUGUAUGAGAAUUAGAGGUUUUAGGUUCAUGUAAAAGUGUCAACCCCUUCUAAUUUCCCUAAUUGUGUGGCUAGAGUCAAAUACGUUCUAUAGAACAAACUUCAGGAUAAGCAACCGAAAUGAAUCAUUAUUGUAUGUGUGUUAUAUUAAACAUAGAAGAGGGAGUAAAAUGUUGGCAAGCAAUAAACAUUUCAGAACAACCAUGACUGAAUUAUUAUCUUUACACUUUCAAAAAUACUAGUCGAAUAAGACUUUGCAUAUAUGACACAUUUUUUUCAAAGAGAUUUAUUUGUAGUCUAAUAGAAAUCAGUAGGGGGUUUAAAUACGGGCGACAUGGGCGGCCACCCAGAGCGGCAUACUGGGGCGCUAUACUACAAGCAAGAACCGCCGAAUACGCUUGAAACUAAUAGCCAAACCGAAAACUGCAGACAAAGAUGCUUUCUGCUACUAAGAUCAGUGAAAUGUAGGCUGAACUGACAACUGAGUGAAGAGCAGACAUCUCAACUAGCAAGCAAGUCGCAGCAAUGUAGAACGCGAAGGGGGGGGGGGAGAUUUUCGGCACAACACCUGUUGUCUUGGCUCGUUCAGUGUGACAGGGUGUGGGGCGGCGGAUUAAAUACCGCGGUAGGCUCGGACAAAUUAUGUUGGUGUCAUUUUUUUGUGUGCCUUUUAUCGUGUCGUGUGGCUGGUGUUAGGAGCCGAUCCCGAGGCCAGCGAGUUAUGACAUGAGUGGACAACGCAGAGCUUUAUUGCUAAUUGUCAGGGACAAGGAGAAGAUGAAGAGUAACCGUUGCGGUUUUGAAGUUGACCGUCAAACAAUGGAGAAGUUUUUUGAGGGGUUUGGUUUCCAGUAUCACAGUGUGCUGGACGAAACAGCUCAGGAAAUGAAGGAGAAAGUCAUAAACUUCAGAAACAGCAUCAACAGGAGCAGUGGGAACAUCAGCUGUGUGUUUGUGGUGACUUCGUCUCACGGACACCGGGACGUCAUCAUAGGUGCAGAUAAAAAGACCCUGGCAGUAAAAGAUAUAAUCGAACCGUUUGGAGACGAGCUGUGUCCCAAGAUGAAGGGGAAACCUAAGGUCUUCAUCAUAGAUGCCUGCAGGGGGAGUAACCAUGAUACUGGAGUUCACUUUGAUUCUGCUGCUGAUGAAAAACUAUCAAAGGAAGCCAUGGCCACAAAAGAGUACCGGUCCACUCGGGUGCCACCGUGCAUCAAUGACAUGCUGGUUGCAUAUGCAGCCAUGACAGAUUACGUGGGCACGAUGAACAGCACCUCUGGUUCACAUAUGAUUUACAACAUUAGUCAAGUGUUUUCCUCACCUGGUGCAGCAGAAGAACAUGUCUACAACUUGUUUGUGAAGGCCAACGCAAAGAUGGUGGCAACACCCGUAGAGGUCACAGUCGAUGAAGGGAAGCCGACUCAGAGAACGGAACGUCGUAAAAUAAUUAUGACAAUGGAAUCCACCCUCAGGAAAACCCUUUACUUGACAAGUUCAAAUGAAUCUGGUGUUAAAACUAUUGAACAGAAGGGAAGGAAGUAGAUUUAUUUGAGCUUCCUGUUCUCAGCAUUAUAUGUUAUUUCCUUGCUCUAUUUGUCUACAAGAUCUUCCCAUUGUAAUAUUCCUCCAUUUCUUUGGGCAUUUUAAGAAAUUCUUAAACCAGUCGUCAAAUAAAUGUACAGAUUCUUCAGUGGUCACCAACCUUUAAUCUACCACUCAGAUGUUUGUUUUUUUAAACACGACUUUAAAAAAACUUGAGCCUUAACAUGAACCAAUUAAAGACAGGAGCAUUGGGGUUUGUGCAGUAGGCACGGCACAAUACAUUAUCACUGCAUAUUGGCUGUGCUUGGAAUUGCCCUGCCAAUGCUGUUCUUCACAGACCAUUUUGAAGUUUAUCUGAUAAAUGUGUAGGUAUAUAUACAUCACCACGUGUUGUAUGACAUGUGACACAGCUGAGUGAGGGUGGUCAUUUCUGUUCUACUGGACUGAUGGCCUGCAGUCUGAGGGGAGGGAGGGAAGAGGCUGCCUCUCACCUGACUCACCGUCUCUCUGCUCUCCCUCCCUCCCUUUAGAAAAGGGGACACAGCUGAUGGUGAAACUCAAGAGCGUUAUUUCUGCCUCGUGCACCAACUCAUGUUGUUACUCCUGUGACCAGAGGAAGUGAAAUAUUCCUCCAUAUUAAAAAGACGAGCCUCUAAUAAUAACAAGGCAAGUUUAUGGGAUCACUUUCCUGCUCCUUCAUAGCAGCUGCAGUGCUGGUUGUAGCGUCAGUGGAAGUAGGAAGAAGGUGCAUUUUCUUAUGAAAGUGUGUUGACAGUUGUGAAUAACAGCAAACAUGAACUUCCUCCUAAAAACAGCAGCUCUGUCCUUGAGUGUCUCUCUAGUUGUGGUUUUAAACGUUUUUAAAAUCUCACAGUUGUAAACGUUGCUUUUCGAGGCUUCGGUCUAUAGUCUAUGGCUCGAGGAAACUGUGCAGACACAGUGAUUGGUCAGCGGUAGGCCUAUAGGUGCACCUGAUUUGCUCUCUGGGCCUGCCGGAUAGGCGGAGUUUUACCUUCAGACACAUGAAAUGGUUCAAAAUGGGAACACUUUGCCUUUCCUGGCGCUAAGGCUGCUGAAUCAAGUGCACCUAAACGCCAACAGUGUCAAACAAAAAAAUAUAUAAUAUAGCGCUUUAUCCACAGUUUCUAAACCAAGAGGCGCAACAUCGGGAGACUUCUGUGAACAAUUGUGAAACAGAUGAAACAGACCAGACCGGGGAAACAGACCAGACCGGGGAAACAGACCAGACUGGGGAAACAGACCAGACCGGGGAAACAGACCAGACCGGGAAACAGACCAGACCGGGAAACAGACCAGACCAGGGAAACAGACCAGACCGGGAAAC